AUGAAUUUGAUUACAUUAAGAUUUAAAGAUUAAAUCCUUGAAAAAUAAUAUUAAGAACUCAAAACAAAAACUAUUCGUAAACCUAUUUAUUUUGGGAUUUAUUCAUUUUGUUUUUGUCUUAAUGCUUUUAAAAUUGUAAGGGAUUUAAUAUUGUAAGAGUCAUAGCAACAAUUAUACAUAAAUUAUAUAUUUUUAGCAUUCAUGAUGUUAUCCAUAAUGUUGAUAGUCUAAAAUUAGAAUUUUGUAAAACAAGCUCUAGUGAUAUCAAAUUUAGUAUCUGGACUCCUUCAAAUGAAUUUUAAUGAUUAAUAGACAUAGAAAUAAGAAUUUUAUUCUUUUGGAAGUAGUUUUGCUUAAUUACAAGCAGCUUCUUAUUUUGUAUCAGACUUUUUAGAUGGAAUACUAUAAGUUAGUGGUCAUUUAAUUAUGAAAAUUAUGAUUACAUCACUUUCAACUCAUAAAAUAGAUGCUUUAUGUUCAAGUUUUGCUAUUACAGGUUCUAUAUUUAUUCUCGUUACAAUUUAUAUCUGUGAUUCCAGUUCAAGAAAAUAAUUCUUAUCCACAAUAAGUGAAGACAUAUGGGAUCAAUAAUUGCCACAUAUUAUAAAAAAACCAUUUAUCAAGCUCAGUUAUUCUAAUACCAUUAUAAAUAUAUUACAAAGUCAUCUCAUUGAGAUAUUCCCUAAUUUUAAUAGUGAAUAAUGUUAUGGAUGUAAUGGAAGAUAAUUUUUAAGAGAUUGUUAGAUUGAUAAAGUUUCAUUAUCACAUUGUAUUCUUAAACAAAGUGAUAUUUUAAAUAAGACAAUCAAAGCAAAUUAUAAAUGUCAUAGAUUCGAUUUAAGAGUUUGUAAAUAUGGUGUAGAGAACAUGAAUUUAUUAGUUAUUUUGGAAAAAAUUAUUACAACUACUCAAACAAAAGUAUUCCCAAAUGAAGUUAGAUAGGAUAUAAGUAAAUAAAUACGAAUCAAUCAUCAAGAAUACUUACGUUUCUUUAAUUGGGGUUUACUAUCCCUUGUCCUUCUUAACAAUCAUGAAAUAAAAGAAAUUAAAUUGUUUCUUAUGAUUAAAAGACUUAAUAAGAGUUAUCGCAAUUAUUUGUUACCAAUUUAACUUUUUACAAAAUAUCAAGAAGUCUAACUUAAUACAUAUGCCAAUUUAUUGAGGAUAUAUCUUAUUCAAAUAUACCACAUAUUAAUUGAGCUAUAUUCAAUGUCUUAUAGAAUUAGAAUUUAAAUUAGAGAAUGUGAUGAAUAUAUAGAAUUACAUAUUUUGAUAAAUUCAAGUAUGUUUCAUACUCUUUAUCAAAACAAUAUUUUUAUAUAAAAUAUAGAAAGAUUCAUCCUCUAUGAACCCUUAUCUAACGAUUUAAGAAUACGUCUCAGUAAACAGUUAUCCUUUAAAUGA